UUAGGGGUUGGAAAGACUACUUUGAUCCAGAAAGUUGCUCAAGCUCUGAAAUCCUCAGGUAUUCCCAUUGAUGGAUUUUACACAGAGGAAGUUAGAGAAGGUGGCAGGAGGACAGGAUUUGAUGUUGUCACUUUGUCUGGAAACCGAGGACCGUUAUCUAGAGUCAGUUCUGAUUCUUCUACUUCAAGACGUGAAUAUCGGGUUGGACAGUAUGUUGUAGACCUUGUUUCCUUUGAGCAGUUGGUUUUACCUAUGCUGAGAAAUGUAAACCAUGGCAGUGAUGCAGAGAAAAGAAUCUGUGUAAUAGAUGAGGUUGGUAAAAUGGAACUCUUCAGCCAGGCUUUCAUUCAGGCUGUUCGUCAAACGCUGGCUGGCUCCAGGACUGUGGUGCUUGGAACUAUUCCAAUACCGAAGGGAAAGCCACUGGAUCUUGUUGAAGAAAUAAGGAGUAGGAAAGAUGUUGAAGUGUUCAAUGUUAGUAAAGAAAACAGAAACAGCAUUUUGCAAGACAUCUUGGCAGCUGUGGAAUCCUGCAGAAAAUGAAGACCUUUUCUUGCCUGUAAACACUGAAGCUUUUAUUUCAACAAAACAUUACAACAUUUUGCGGAUGUUUUAGAGUCUGUCCUACCUGCUUUCCCUGGGGGCUUUACUGGAGCCUUCAGAGUAAGCAAGGUAAAGCUGGUAAUACUCGAAAAUGUGAAAAUGAGAUAGCAGGAGUCUCAUUUAUUCAGUUCACUAAAUUAAAAAAAUUGAACAGAUGCAUCGCUAACAUCCAGUUCUAAUCUGGGCAUUUGGAAGUUAGGUGGUCUAACU